CAGAGUUCCUUUCCCUGUCCCUUCCCAUCUGGCAGCAACUGGGCCUGUGCAGGUGUGAACGGACACCUGCAGGACCUUAGAACUGUGCCCACCAUGCAGCCAGGACAGUUCAUCUUUUCACAAUAAGGGUCAACUGUCCGCACCACUGCCUUUUGCUACUCCGCAUGGGGUUACCCAGCCUGGUGGACGGCCAUGACCACCUCUAACCUCAGUUGAGAACCCAAAGACGUUGGUUGACACCCAGAGACAAUAAUCAACACCUGGCUGCUUUUUCUGUGUUUACAUCCUGCUCAUUGGUUCUGCUGGAAACAUCAAUUCACCAUGGUCGAGUACUAUGAAGCUCUGGGUCUCCCCCGGAAUGCUUCCUUGGAUGACAUUAAAAAAGCAUACAGGAAGAAAGCUCUAAAGUGGCACCCAGAUAAAAACACGGAAAACAAGCAAUUUGCAGAACAGAGAUUCAAGGAGAUUUCAGAAGCCUAUCAAGUACUUUCAGACAAGAACAAACGUGACAUCUAUGACCGCUGGGGUAAGGAUGGGCUACUGGGAAGAGGUAGACCUGGGGCAUCAUCUAGGACCAAUAUGGGCCCUGAUUAUAUGUUCCACUUCCGCAGUGCCCAUGAUGUCUUCAGGGACUUCUUUGGAGGACGGGACCCUUUCUUUGGAGAUGCAAUGCCAUUUGGUGCAUGCGCUGGUGGAGGAAAUGGGUUCUGCUUCUACUCUUCAUCAACUAAUUUCGUCAACGGCAAACAGAUCACAACCAAAAGGAUUGUUGAGGAUGGACAGGAGCGAGUAGAAGUUGAAGAGGAUGGAGAGCUUAAAUCUGUUCUUCUUAAUGGUGUGCCCGCUGAGAUAGCAUCCAUUAGAGAAGCUGGAGGGCAUCAUGGUGAGCCCAACAGAUACAGGUCCGCACCUCAGUUCAGCUACCUUGAUGACUCCGAUUCUGAACCCAUCUAUGAGGUGCGCACCCUCAGGCAUGCGUUCCCCAACCAAAGGAAUAAAUGCUACAGAGGAGGAAAUAUGUCCCCUGCAGAUGACACAGACAGCGAGUCUCAUGAUGAGUUCCAUACUGAGGAUGACGAUGAAUCCCAUAUCCCUGAGUUCUAG